AUGAUCGUCUUUGGACUAAUGACAUUGGCCAAUGUUCGUCAACAACGUCGACACGUAAAUACAACAACAAUCACCGUUGUGAACAAACGUCGUCAGCAAAAACGUGAAAAGCAAAUGCUACGUUUAGUAUUAUUUCAAGCAUUAGCCUUUGUCAUUCUCUCUUUACCAUCAACGAUUUGCAUUGCGUACUCGACAUUUGCUGAAGCGAGUGAACAAUUAAAUUUUAUUGUACAUAUUUCAUUAUUUUUACUCUAUUUAAAUUUUAUUCAAUGUUUCUAUAUUAAUACAAUGUCAGCAAAAACAUAUCGUAUGGAAUUUUAUAAAAUUUUAAAUCAAGUAGAAAAACGUAUCUUUCACACAAAUUAUAUUGACCGGCAAUUAUUGAGACAACGAGGUGAUACUACACGAACAGUAGGUGCGAUGACAGUUAUGAGAUCAGCAACUGUUCAACAUGACCAGAACUGA